ACAUUAAAAAAUUAAGUCUUUUUUUAAAUAUUUAAUAUAUUUUAUUUAAAUCCUGCAUAAGAGAUAAGUGGGACUUAAAAUUUUUCAAAAUUAGUGGAGAGAAUAUAAGAUGUGUAUUUGAAAACCUUCAUUGCAAUCAAAAGAAUUUUGUUCUUUAAUAAAAUCAUACUAGUGAUGUGAAUUCUGAGUAAUUUGUAGAUAAAACAUCAUAAAUUAAUGAUUUUGUCUGUAUUUUUCUUUCAUUAAUAAAAAACAAGAAACAUAACCUAAUUACAAGCAUUUCACACAAUAUUUAAAUCAUUGUUCUUCAAAUUAUAUGACAAAAUAUCAAAGAAAAAUGUCAAAAUUAACUAAUAUGUAUUACUCACAAUAUGAAAGCUCUAUAGAAAGUGAAGCUGCUUAUGAUUCUGACAACUCAGAUACAUAUGAAAUAUUAAUAAGGUCUCCAUCUCAUGCUAAAUUCUAUAAAUAUAUUGAAUAUAGAAAUGCUGAAACAUUUUUACAUGAGUCUUGGAAAUCUAAAAUACAUGAACAAGCAAAUGCAAAAAAAAUUGCAAAAAAUAUCAAAGAACAAUGUGGCAUGGUAAUUAAUUUAGCAGAUAACCGUGUAUGUUACAUUUAUAAACCUAUUGUUGAUGAAACUCAUUUACCAGGCAUCAAAUUUAAAAUAACAUUUAUUUAUGUUAAACUAUUGCGCAAAUGGUAUAUUAGUUUAGGGCGUAGUCGUUUACCUGAUAUAAUAACGCUUGAUAACAAAUUAAAAAAUGGUACUCAUGAUCCUAUUGGUCCAAAAAUUCUGAAACUGAUAUGUAAAAUAAAAAGGAUUUUGGACAUUUUUAUACAAAAAUUGGAAUAUGUAUGUAAAAUGGUUGACCAUAUGAAAGGAGCUUAUAAAGACAUAAGAGUUCAAUUAAAUAAAUCUUUAACCAACAUUAAAAUAAUGCUAUGUGAAAAAGCUUGGCCAAAAGAUGUAAAAAAAUCAAGUGCAGAAGAUAUAAUUAUUCUAGACAUAAUGCUAGGUGACAAUUUUGAAACUGAUGAACUUUCAUAUGAGUAUAUGCAUAAAAGAGAUAUAUCAGCAGAACAAAAAAGAAUGUAUAUAUUUGAAUUAGAAAAAAAGAUAAAAAUAUUUUUUUAUCUCCCUUUAAUGGAAGCAUUUGGAAUAUUUAUGAACGAGAAAAAUUUUUCUAACAAUGAAGUAUCAUCAUCUUAAUCAUUUAAAAUUAAUCAUAUAAGUACAUAAAAUAUAUUAAUAUCUUUGUAUCAAGUUUAUAUUUGAA